AUGUCCUCGGCAGUGGGGAUCGCGUGCGACCUCCUGGCCUCGUCUCGCCGAGAGGAUGCUGCUUCGACAGUACAAAGGCCAAUCGCAUCAGCUUGUCGCCAUGCGCCUGCGCUGGAGCCGAUGAGGCCUGCCGGGUGCGGUGCCGCCUCCUCGUCGUCUUCUGUGCGGACGAGGCCGGACGUUUUUGCAUCAGCCGACGAUGAUGGCAACAAGAGACGCCGCCUCGACACUGCUCACUGCGCCUUCAGCAUUCCCAACAACGACGACGAUCCUGCAGCCGAGAACCCGCCACUGUUUCGAAAACAUGCCCUCCGUGAAGAGCAGCUGCGCUCCUUGGGUUGGAUGCUGUCACAGGAGAAGCUGCAAGGCAGCCUGCGUGGGGGGCUUCUUGCGGACCGCAUGGGCUUCGGCAAAACCAGCAUUGCCAUUGGCCUCACCUCCCUGGAAGUUCGGCCUUGCAGCUUACCAGCUCGCAGUCUUCCCGCCAGUAGCGGCUACAUUCCUGCGAGCGGCACCCUCAUCAUGUGCCCAUCGCACCUCAUCGAUCAAUGGGAGGAGGAGUUCUGGAAGUUCCUUGGGAGUGACGGCGUUCAGCUCUCCAAGGUUGCGAGCCUCGAACACAACCUCGAGGAGGUGAUGUUGCGAUUGCGUUCCUCGGACAUGAAGGCGGAGUCGGGCUACCGGCUUGGCAUAGAAGUCGCUGGAGAGGGUGAUGAAGGAGUGGCGAUAACUCAUAUGAGUUCUUCCUCGGAGAAGAGUAUCAAUGCCGCCGCGAGGGAACUCCGUGACGAGGCACGGGUGCCGCGAGUUGGAGAUCGUAUCAAGAAGAUCCGCUGCAGUCACACGGAUGAUGGAUCAAGAAUCCGAGCCAUGACGAUAGGCUCGACACAGGCUUUAAAGGACUUUCUCCAUCCACCGCGAAGUCGGCGCAAAGGCAAAGCCGGUGCCAAGGUUCGUGCCGCAAAGCUCACUGCCGAGUCUGUCAUCGAUAUUACUUUCAAGCUGGAGUCCAGGGAAGAGCCGCGCACCACAGUGACUCGUGGCAAGGGCCCACUGAAGGUGCUCAUCGUGCGAGAGAGUUCUGAGAUGCACCGUCUCCAGCAGCAAGACCUCCUUCAGUUCAAUGUUGUACUGGCUUCUACCGGGAUCCAUUCGGACCAGCGUUAUGCCGGCUAUGUCACCGAGGCAGCCAGUAGCACAGGUCAGUCUUGUUAUGUCAUGGCCAAGAAGAUCACAGUGCUCCCCGCCUUCGUCAAGGAAAGGAGUAAGACUGCUCGUUCUUUUCAGAUGCUUCUACACCGAAGCCCAGCGCUUUUCGAGCUGAAUUCCUGGCACCGGGUAGUUUUGGAUGAGUUCCACGAAAGCGAGGCUUGGGAAUACAGAGUCCGUGAGAUGCUUCGGGGCCUUACUGCUAAGCACAAAUGGGGUUUGUCUGGAACGCCCCCGAUGGACACUGCCCUCGCCGUAGUGCAAAUAGCCGCGCUGCUGGGUUUCAUCUCCGAGGAUGAAACCGAAGGCGAGGAUCUGAUGUCGGAGGCGAAACGUCGGUCGACCCAUAUGCACGUGCCGGAGACACAGGCCUGGUUUGACCGAAAAGAGGCAAGCCUUAUGACUGCGACCAAAGAGUUUGUGGACAAGUUCAUCCGGCAGAAUACUUCGGCCCUCGUGGAAAAGAUCGGCGUCAAGGAACACGAGCAGAUGGUGGAGCACACUUACGAGGAGCGAUUGAUUUAUCGCCAAGCCUGUCAUGACCAGGGCAUCUUCGACCUGGCGGAUGGGUACACGCACAUCUCCUUGAAGGCCCGAAAAGAGCUGCUGAAGCGCUGCGCCCACUUUGACAUGGGGAAGGCCGAUUCAGCAGACUCGGCAGUGCUGCAGCUGGGCCAGAGCAAGAGGAGUUGGCUCUCGCGGGUGGAGGCGCAGCUGUACCUGGAGCUUGCCCGGGCCGGAGCUUUCGGCUGCUGGACGCAGGAGCUCAAAACAGAGCUGGCAGCACGGCUGCCAUCGCUUCAUGCGGAGGUGAAGAGCAUGGUGGAGCCGCUGCUUGCCAUGACGGCGGGAGAGCUUCAGCGGAAGAUGGUCCGAGACAUCGACCCCUCUGACAACCAAAGGCCAGAAGCCGCAGCUUUACAGAUGGCUUUGCGUCUUUCGGUGACGUCGAUGACAGCCGACGGUGAGCUGCGCCUUCGGCCACUUGCCUGCCUCCAGCAGCCCGUGCCCGAGUCUGAGUAUUUUGUAGACGACAGCCAGCGCCACUUGGUCGUCCACUCCGUCGCCCGCAAGGCAAAGCACGGAGAGGCCGAUGACGCCUUGUGCGACCUGGCCAUCUGCAGGUGCGACGAUGCGACUCCGAAGCAGCUGAGAACAGCCUUCGCCAAAGGCAUUCUGGAGCUAGUGAGCCUCUUGGACAAGGCCCAGCGAAGUUUGCAGUUCUAUGAGCAGCAGUUGGGGCAGCUGCAAAGCUCGGAGAGGUCUGAGCGAGAGUGCUCCAUCUGCUUGGAGCCCAUGAACGACCUGUCCACUGCAGCGAUCCUUCCCUGCUCGCAUGUAUUUCACAUGCACUGCGUCAGAGACGUCUUGGCGAGGAUCCCAAACUGCCCGGAGUGCCGAGCUCCCUUGCAGCCUUCACGGAUCUCCUCCGUGGUAAUGGAGCUGAAGAAGCCUGAGCCGCAGCCUGUCCAAAGAGCGAUGAGCAGAGCCUGGAAGCGCCACGGGUCCAAGCUCAAUGCGGUGGCCGCCAAGCUCAAGGAGAUCCGCCAGAGCGACCCCUCCGCCAAGGCCCUGGUCUUCGUCCAGUGGGUCGAUCUGGAAGCAAAGGCGUGUCGGGCAUUGCAGGACCACGGCGUGCCGUUUCUUCACCUCUCCAACCUCCUGGAAGAUGUGCGCAAGCGUAAGCAGCUCGCUCUGCAGGACGGCCAGGUGCUGCGCCGAUUCCAGGAGGAGUCCGGCCCCGAUGCUCCCUUCGCUUUGGUGCUCUCGCUGCAGCGCGCGGCCUCCGGCACCAACCUGACGGCCGCCAGCCACGUGCUCUUCGUCCAUCCGAUGAACGCCGAGAGCAUCGAGACUGCCGCCGCCUACGAGCGUCAGGCGCUGGGUCGCGUCAGGAGGAUCGGCCAGUCGCAGCAGAGCAUCAACGUCUGGCGCUUCAUCACCAAAGACACGGUUGAGGAGCACAUCUGCAAGCUUCACAAGAAGGCAGCUACUUCGACCAGUGAGCAGGCAUCAGUGGACGAGAUCUCGAGUUGA